AUCAAUGCGGUUCCCUGAUGAUCAUCUGCAUAGCUGCAUACUACGACCCAUAUGAUGAUGGUGUGUUCACCCGAACAUUUAUACCUGUCAUGUGCGGCGGGGCCCUGACAGCUGUCACGAAAUGUCAAAAACACGUUUUCCGUACGUUAUGGCGAUAAAAAACUUUGGAUAUUUUUUUUAUCAUGCUCAACCCUUUCCCAGAAAGAAUAACAUUGAUUUAUGCAUUAGUGCCACACACGCAGCCAGGAUGGCAUUGACGGCGAUAUUAUUGUUGAAAUAAGAGUUUCUUCUGCAGUCACCAGUUUGCAUCCAACAUAUUAUGGCUACAUACUUAACACCAAACAGACAUGGUUACAGUGUAAGAUUUUCACCGUUCAACGCCAACCAAGUGGUGGUUGCAACAAGCCAAUAUUUUGGGCUAGCCGGUGGAGGCACACUCUUCCUCUUGGAACUGGUUGAUGGUAAACUGGUGGAGAGGAACAAUUUCCAGUGGUCCGAUGGUUUAUUCGAUUGUGUCUGGUCAGAGGUCGAUCCCAACAUAGUUGUUAGUGCUUCUGGUGAUGGUGGACUUCAGAUAUGGAAUUUAACAGGCAAUGUCCCUUGUCAAACCUUGAAUGAGCACAAGAAGGAGGUGUACUCUGUGGAUUGGACAAGGACACGGCAGGAUCAGUUGAUUGUGAGUGCCUCUUGGGACAGAUCAAUCAAGGUAUGGAAUCCAACGAGGAAGAUUUCCCUGAACACCUAUCUGGGUCACUCCCAGCUGGUUUACAAUGCAAUGUGGAGUCCCCAUCUGACGAACUGCUUCGCCUCGGUGUCCGGGGACGGCAACUUGAAAUUGUGGAACACGCUGAACAGCACGGCGAGCAUGAGUUUUCGGGCUCACGACGCGGAAGUGUUGACCUGCGAUUGGUGCAAGUACGAUCAAAAUAUUAUUGCGACUGGAGGAUCGGACGGUUUGAUUCGCGGAUGGGAUCUUAGGAGUUACGCUCAGCCGAUCUUUCAAUUGAAGGGAUGCGAGUACGCCGUUCGUAGGGUGCAGUUUUCGCCGCACUGUAUGAGUCUACUCGCGGGGGUCAGUUACGAUUAUACAACGAGAUUAUGGGAUUUCAAGAACGGCAGCGAAGCUAUGGAGACGAUAAAGCAUCAUUCGGAGUUCGUUUACGGCCUGGAUUGGAGUAAUCACAAGCAGGGUGAAUUGGCUGAUUGCGGAUGGGACAGUCUGGUGCACGUCUUCACCCCGAACUCGGUGAUCAACAUGUUAAAUCUGUAGUUAACAGCAAUUUAAAUCUCUAUAUAUACACACACACUAGUAUUUAUAUUAUAUAUAUUAUCAGUAUUAAGUUGGGUGAUAAUGAAUGUUUAAAUUUCAUUUUGCAUUCUGGGAAUUUUCAAUGACAUCAUUUAAUUUUUAUAAAUCACUAUAAAUUGAUUUGCA